AUCUCACUCCUAGCAAAGCAUUUCCAUGACCUCUCCCUCUGUUAUUUUUUCAAUCGAAAUGGGGCGCCUUGUGUUCUUGUUUGCUUCCUCUUUGCUUCUUAUGGUGGCUGCUACAACAGUUUCAGCUGCAAUAGUGGAGCACUCAUUCAAUGUGCAAAAUUUGACUGUUAAUAGGCUAUGCAACCGUCAUGUGAUUACGGCAGCAAAUGGCAGACUCCCUGGCCCAAGUAUCCGUGCCCGAGAGGGUGACACACUGAUUAUUCAUGUCUUUAAUAAAUCACCUUACAACUUGACUAUUCACUGGCAUGGAAUUCAUCAGAUGCUGAGUGCCUGGGCAGAUGGACCUGACAUGAUCACUCAGUGUCCAAUUCGCCCCGGAAAUAAAUACACCUACAAAUUCAAAAUCAUUAGACAAGAAGGAACCUUUUGGUGGCACUCUCAUACCUCCACGCUCCGUGCCACCCUCUAUGGUGCAAUCAUCAUCCGCCCCAGAGCUGGCAACUCUUACCCAUUCCCCAGGCCCUAUAGGGAAGUUCCCAUCCUAUUAGGUGAGUGGUGGAAUGGUAAUGUCGUUGAUAUGGCAAACCAGGCUCUAGCCCAUGGCACUGGUCCUAACAUUUCUGAUGCUUAUACAAUAAAUGGAUGGCCCGGUGAUCUCUAUCCAUGCUCUCAAAACCAAAUGUACAAGCUUAAGGUGAAGCAAGGGAAGACCUAUCUCCUACGUAUUACCAACGCUGCAGUCGAUAACAAUCUCUUUUACAAGAUAGCCAAUCAUAAGAUGAUCGUUGUGGCCGUUGACGCUCGUUACACCAACCCAUAUGUCACUGAUGUCUUGGUUGUCGCCUCUGGCCAGACGAUUGACAUUUUGCUAACCGCGGAUCAGCCGAUUGGGUCGUAUUACAUGGCCGCUAGAGCUUAUGCAAGUGCGGCUGGUUUAGAAUUUGAUAGUACUACAACGAGGGGUGUCAUCGUUUAUGAGGGUGCACCGUCUUGGACUUCGAGAACGCCGCUAAUGCCAGUAUUACCGGCGUUCAAUGACACCCCCACGGCUCAUAAGUUUUCUACCAGCCUUACUGCUUUGGUCGGUGGGCCUCACUGGGAGCCUGUCCCACUUAAAGUGGAUCAUAAAAUGUUCGUCACCGUUGGGAUGGCGCUCGAUGUCUGCCCAUCAAACACAACUUGCCAGGGUCCACCUGUUGGGGCAAAGCUCUCGGCCAGCAUGAACAAUGUAUCCUUCGUGCCACCUAGUAGCUUGUCUUUGUUGCAAGCCUUUUUCUUCAAUGUCGGAGGAGUGUACACCACUGAUUUCCCUGUCAAGCCUCCAGUUCAAUUUGACUACACCAACCCUAGCAUUAACGGCGACCUACCUCUGUUAUUUGCUCCAAAAGGAACCAGGAUCACCAAGCUUAAGUUCAACUCCACUGUGGAGAUGGUGAUGCAGAACACAGCUAUUAUUGGAGCGGAGAACCAUCCCAUGCACCUCCACGGCUUUGAUUUCCAUGUAUUGGCGCAAGGGUUUGGAAACUUUAACCCUGCCACUGAUACACUGAAGUACAAUCUAUUCAACCCCCAAAUCCGCCACACUAUUGGCGUACCUGUUGGAGGAUGGGCUGUCAUCAGAUUCGUAGCUAAUAAUCCAGGUGUUUGGUUUAUGCAUUGCCACUUCGACGCGCACUUGCCAAUAGGCCUGGCCACUGCCUUCGUGGUUGAGAACGGACCAACUCCGGAAACAACCUUGCCUCCGCCGCCAGUGGAUCUUCCACAAUGCUAGACAUUAUUUGUUUAUUCAUUAUCGCAGUAGUUAACGUUCAUUUUCAGGAUGAAAUAUUCUUCGUUUUCUUUUAUUAUUCCUCCGGAAAGGAUUUCACUGACACUAUUCUCAAGGCAAUAGUUGUCGUGUAAUAUUAGUUUUCUUUUUCUCUUCUAAAUUUUUUCAAAGUUACCGAUGUGUAAUAAUAGAUGAUAAAUGAAAUUCACCUCUACGAUUUUGUUCAAACUCAAAA